GAGCCCCGUGGCUGGCAGCUAUAAAGCAUUUAACUAGAUUCUAUUGAUCCUAUAGGCAUAUUCCCCUGUCAAGAUGCGUUUGUUUAUUGUGGCACUGCUGGCGGUGCUUUGUCUGCACUGGACCCAGGCGGAUGUUUCGCAGCUUGUUCAGUCGGGCAAUGGCUUUGUUUACGAUGUGCCCAAGGUCAGUGAGCUAGAACUGGAGUUGAACAAUGAGUUUCCCACUGGCCAGGAAUUUCCACAAGAUGCCAUACCUGUUGCCCCAUCCGAUGCGGAACUGGGACAGGCCGAACCCGCCGAGGAACUGCCCGAGCAAUUGGCUGCCAGCGAUGACAGCGCUGCCUAUGCCUCCUCCAAGGGUCACGGAUACGCAUAUCGUGUGCCCAGUAGACGCUUCAAGAGCUAA